AUGGAUUCUUCCAAUGCAUCCAAUUCGAACACCUCAAACACUGCAUGUGGAUCAAUGCUGCCUCAAUCCUCUACUCAGACUCAAAAUAAAGAUCCAUCAUGGAAAUGGGCUAAAUGUAAAGACCCUGCAUUUCCGAAGAAACUAAGUUGUGUACUUUGUAACAAAGAAAUGCGUGGUGGUGGAAUUACUAGGCUUAAGGAGCAUAUCACACAAAUCAGGGGGAAUGUUUCUUCAUGUUUGAAAGCAUCAGCUGAAGUUAUAAAUGAAAUUAGACUAGCUGACAAUAUAAAGAAGUUAAAGAAAUCUCACAGGGAUGAUGUUGAUGCUAUGUAUCGGCGUACAAAAUCUGAUGAGAAGUCUGAUGCUGAUACUGAUAAUGAGGACCUUGAUGUGCAAGAAGUUGAAAAGGUUUCCAAUGUGGGCAGUGCUAGUGGUAGUCAAGAAGUUGUUCAGAGUCAGAGGAAGAGAAAAUUCAAGAGACAGAGUAAUUAUAGGGGUCCAAUAGAUUUACUCAUGCAGACAGACCACCAUAAAACUCAGCAAGCCACUCUUGAAAGAAACAGUUCAGCGAAAGAGAAGUUACUGAAAGAUGCAUGGAAAAGCAUUUCAGUUUGGAUGACUGAGAAUUCCAUAUCUUUUAAUACUGUUCGUUGUCCAAGUUUCCAAGAAAUGAUAUAUGCAAUUGGUGAAUAUGGGAAAGCUAUGCCCGCGCCAUCUUACCAUCAGAUUCGUACAAAUCUUUUCAAGGAGCAGUUAGAAGAAAUGAAGAAGUUUGUUGAUACAUUUAGGGUACAUUGGAAGAGGUAUGGAUGUUCUAUUAUGUCCGAUGGUUGGACAGAUGGGAAAAAGCGACAUCUUAUCAACUUCUUGGUGAAUUGUCCGAAAGGGUCAGUUUUCUUGAAGUCUGUGGACGCGUCAGAUAGAACCAAUGAUGCUGAUUUCAUACGUGAGCUUGUAAAGGAGGUAAUUAAUGAUGUUGCGAAAGAAAAUGUGGUUCAGUUCAUUACCGAUAAUGGUUCAAACUUUAAAAAGGCUGGGAAGGAUUUAAUGCUUGAAUACCCAAAUCUAUUUUGGACUCCUUGUGGUGCUCAUUGUGUCCAGUUGAUGCUAGAAGAACUUGGUGACAAGCUUACACGAAUCAGGACAGCCGUCAUUCUAGGUAAAAGACUUGUUACAUACAUUUAUGCUCAUUUUCAAGUGUUGUGCUUGAUGAGGAAGAUGACAGGUGGAGACUUACAUAGGUCUACAAAGACUAGAUUUGCAACUCAGUAUUACACACUAGAAAGUCUUCAAAAGUAUAAAAAUCCUUUACAAAUGAUGUUUGUGAAUGAUAGGUGGGCAAAAAGUAGAUUUGCAAAAGAAAAUGUUGGAAUUAAUGCACUUAAAAUUGUUACAAGUAGUACAUUUUGGGAAGAUGUUGAUUACUCUUGUAGUGUGUUGAAGCCUUUAGUUAAGGUUGUAAGGCUAGUGGAUAUCGAGCGCAAACCUACGAUGCCUUGUUUUUAUGAUGCAAUGAGAAUAGCAAGGGAUCAAUUAGAGAAGAAUUUCAGCGAAGAUUAUGAUACUUGGGCUGUAAUUAAUGCUUGCUUUGAGAAAAGAUGGAAGAAAAACUUCAAUCAUGCUCUACAUUGUGCUGCAUAUUAUUUGAAUCCAUCAAUAUUCUACAAUAUUGAAACUUAUGAAAUGGAUAGUAAUGAAAAAUGA